GGUGCAUUUGCUAAAGCCUAUUAUUGCGCUUGAAGGAAUCUGUGGGGACAAACCAAAUGAAGAGAAUGGAUACGUCUGCUAUAAUUCGUUUAGUGACUUGAUUUCCGCUCUGAAUUUUUAGAAAAAAAAAUUAGUUUUCCCCUUUGCCUGGCUUUUUUCUUACCUUCCCUUAAAAAUAUUGAAAAUGGCUGAUAACACCAACACUGCUGCCACUGAUAAGAAGAAGCCUGCUGAAACUGUCCUUGACGUUUCUGACAGCAAUGUUCAAUCCAAAUAUAAGGAUGCUGGCAAGAUCGCUGACGAUGUUCUUGAUAAAGUUAUUAAGCUUUGCGUUCCUGGUGCCAAAAUUCUUGAUGUAUGUAUUGAAGGUGAUAAGCUUAUUACAGCUGCUACUGGUGCCAUUUAUAAUAAGAAGAAGAUGUCCAAGGGUAUCGGUUUCCCCACAUCUAUUUCUGUCAACAACUGUGUUGCCCACUUCUCACCUCUUCCCUCAGAUCCCGAAGCCUUUGCUACUUUGAAAGAAGGUGAUGUUGCUAAGAUUCAAUUGGGUGCUCAAUUUGAUGGUUACUGUUCGACUGUUGCUACUACUAUCGUUGUUGGUGCUAAGGAGCCCGUCACUGGCCCUAAGGCUGAUGUUAUCAAGGCUGCUGAGACUGCUUUAGAAGCCGCUAUCCGUAUGAUCCGUCCUGGAAACAAGAACAUGGAUAUUACUAAAACUGUCGAUCAAAUUGCCGAAGAUUUCGGUGUUAAGGCAGUUGAAGGUAUGCUCUCUCACAACCAACUCAAGGAUAAGACUGAUGGUGAAAAGCAAAUUAUCCUCAACCCUACCGAAGCUCAACUCCGUGACUUCAAGCGUUGUGAAUUUGCUGAAAAUGAAGUCUAUGCCAUCGACAUCCUCAUUUCUACUGGUGAAGGUAAGGUGCGCCCCUUGAAGACCCGUACCACCAUCUACAAGAAGACCGGUGUUCGUUAUCAACUCAAGAUGGCCGCUUCUCGUGCCGUCUUCUCUGAAAUUCAAACCAAGGCCGGUGCUUUCCCUUUCACUUUGCGUUCUCUUGAGGAUGAACGUAAGGCUCGUAUGGGUAUUGUCGAAGCUGCCAAACAUCAAACUGUCUUGCCUUAUGAUGUCGUCUAUGAACGUGAUGAUGCUGUUGUUGCUCAAUACUUGGCUACUAUCAUGGUCACAAAGAACGGUAAUACUUUGUUGACAAACCCUCGUUUCGAUGCUGUUCAAGUUCAAACUGACAAGAAGGUCAAGGAUGAAGAAAUCAACAAGCUUCUUGCUAGUUCUUAUGCCCCUCCCAAGAAGGAAAAGAAAUAAAUUACGAGCCUCGCAUCAAUUUAAACAUUCAUUAACAAGUUGUUUAAGCAAGCAAUUGGAAGAGAUAUCUCACUCUUAUAUCUUUCAGCUUUUUUCCAACCUUUGUAUUCUUAAUACUAUUUUGUCAAUUUAGUUUCGGUUUCCUUUUUACAUAUGGUAGAAUGAAAGAAAAUAAAAUAAUCGUUGAAAAAGGAUGUU